AACUGGAGAGGUAUAAAAGGCCCUUGAUGAACAAACUUGGUUUCUCUCCUAGCUUUCUCCAACAAGGGCGUGUGGGCAAGCCAGUCACCUAGGCGGUAGAUUGUUAAUGUUUCGCUUGCAGAGAGUCUCCAAAGGGCUGGGGCAGCUUGAAGCCUACAUUGAUGCAGAGGAAGGGGUGGCUUUCCAGAUGGACAACAACCUGGUCUGGGACUCACUGGAUGGGCAAUACACAUGGGCCAUCCAGGGCCUGUUUGAAAAGAUGGAGUCUGGUAAAUUCUGGGUUACCCGUCUGCCCUCUGGAAAGGUUAUGCUGAGAAACUGGAUAGGGAUGUAUCUUGCUGCGAUGGAUGCAGGAGAAGACCCCAAAACCUUUCCCAUUCAAACUGUCCAAUACUCAGAAGAUGCGUCCCUGAAGUUUGACGUCUUUUACAAAGACAACAGGGUAGCUUUCCGGGCCUACAAUGGUCUCUUCUUGACAAGGGUAUAUAGAAGAUUCCACACAGUGGAAGCAGCCAAGUUGGUUGCUGAUGAUUCCUGUUGUUUCCACACCUUGAUUGGUGACCUCUUUCUCCCUAAGUUUAAAAUACGGAAAGUGAUCACAGGUGAUCUCUCACACGUGAAAUACCACCGCCGUGUCAUGGAUAAGCAGGUGUAUGUCAACACGGGUGAGGUAGCAAAGCAACACACUUUCAAAAUGACUUGGGAGACCACCGUUUUUGACAAGGUUCGCUGGAACCGUCUGUGGGGGCUUGGUUUGGAAGCAUCCUUUCAGUUCACAAUUGAAGAAGCGAUGCCCCGUUUGGAGUACACCAAGAACAAUGACCGGACAGUCCUUGUCAAGAGGUAUAUUUAUCAGAGGCUUACUGAGGAGGUGCUGGUGCCCCCCCAUUCUGAAGUGAUAGCCAAGCUUGUGGUCAACAGAAACCCUACUGUUACUGUGUCAUUCACUGCCGUGAUCCAAAAAGUGAAAUCAAAUAGUGAUGUGGUGAUGUUACCUGAAGAUGGGGUCUGGAAGGGACUUGUCUAUCAUGGUGUCCAGUUGGAGAUCACCAAGCGUAAGCUUAGUGAGCACAGAGCUAGUGAGGAAUGCCUACUCAUGUGACAUCACGAGGAGUGGUGACCUUCCAAGGGUGCAGUGUGUAUUGGACUGCACAUGGCCCACUCCUGAAGAAAUACAGCUGUGGCUGCUUGGAUUCUGAACCAUCCUGCUCUGGUCCCUUGUAGGAUGUGAUCACUUUGAAGACUAGUUUUUCUCCUGAUCAAGGCAGGCAGGUGCUGCUUCCUGGGUGUUUCCUGGCAGCUCCUUUCUGUCGCCUAGGUGCCUGAAAAUUAUGGCUACCUUUUUAUGGUAAAGAGGAAAUGAGCUCCUCACCUUUUCAGCACACUUUAAACAGCUUAAAUAAAAUUGUGAAAUCUU